AUGUCUGCCACGUCUGAUAAACACGUGUCUGUCAUUCAGUCCGACAGGCCGGAAGUUGAGAGAAAAAUGGAAGUGUUAAAAAAUCUGGCCGUGUCAGAAAUUUCUUCCACAGAGGGCAAGGUGGAGGUGACGAAAGAAGGACAAUGGCUAACUCUAAUGGGGGCGGGGAAGGUGUUUGGGGAGUUGGCCAUUUUAUACAACUGUACCAGAACCGCUACAGUCAAAGCACUGACUGACUGCAAGUUAUGGGCCAUAGACAGACAAAGUUUCCAGAGUAUUAUGAUGAGAACUGGUCUGUUACGACAUACAGAACAUAUGGAUUUCCUGCGGAGUGUUCCAACAUUUAAAGGUUUGCCUGAGGAAACUUUGAGCAAAAUAGCGGAUGUCUUGGAGGAGGCCCACUACAACAAUGGCGAGUACAUCAUACGACAGGGCGCCAGGGGGGACACGUUCUAUAUCAUAGCACGCGGCAAGGUGAAAGUGACCAAAAGAAAUUCCAAGACCCAGGAGGAGCAGGUGAUACGUCUGCUGACAAAAGGUGACUUCUUUGGAGAGCGGGCUCUGCAAGGAGAGGACGUGCGAACAGCAAACAUCAUCUCAUCUGACCCUUCCGGUGUCGACUGUCUGGUCAUCGACAGAGACUCCUACUUACAGUUAAUCAGCACACUCGACAACUUGAAACAAAUUUAUGAAGACGAAGAAGAUAAAGCGGGCGUGGACUCUGAGUACGCCAAAUUAAAACUGAGCGACUUGACGAUGAUCGCAACCCUUGGUGUAGGCGGAUUUGGCAGGGUGGAACUGGUGCAAGUAAACGAAGAUAACAGCCGGGCCUACGCACUCAAGAUUCUAAAGAAACAUCACAUCGUUGAGACUAGACAACAGGAGCACAUCAUGAACGAGAAGAAGAUUAUGAUAGAGGCUAGAUGUGACUUUAUCGUCAGACUCUACAAGACGUUCAAGGACCGGAAGUUCCUGUACAUGAUGCUGGAGGCGUGUCUCGGGGGAGAGUUGUGGACCGUUCUCAGGGACAAGGGUUCAUUUGACGACAACACGACACGCUUCUACACAGCGUGUGUAGUCGAGGCGUUUGUUUACCUACACAGUCGGGGCAUCGUAUACAGGGACCUGAAGCCGGAGAACUUACUGCUAGAUUCUCACGGCUACAUCAAACUGGUAGAUUUUGGGUUCGCCAAAAGAGUUGGACACGGCAGAAAGACAUGGACGUUCUGUGGAACUCCGGAAUACGUGGCCCCAGAAAUAAUUCUGAAUAAAGGUCAUGAUAUCUCUGCGGACUAUUGGUCUCUGGGUAUCUUAAUGUUUGAGCUUCUGACAGGAAGCCCACCAUUUGCUGGUCCUGAUCCAAUGAAAACGUACAAUUUAAUUCUUAAAGGCAUCGACGCUGUGGACAUUCCGAGAAAAGUGAACAAGAAUGCUGCCAGUCUUAUCAAAAAACUUUGUCGAGAUAAUCCAAUGGAACGACUGGGCUAUGGAAAAGGUGGGAUCAGAGAGAUACAGAAACACCUGUGGUUUGAUAGCUUUAACUGGGAUGGACUAAGGAACAGAACUCUGAAAGCUCCAAUAGUACCUUCAGUCAAAUCUGCCAUAGACACAUCCAACUUUGACGACUACCCAGAGGACGAGGAGCACCCCCCUCCAGAUGAUCUCACCGGUUGGGACAAGGACUUUUGACCUGAUGCUAAAUAUAGACAUUUUUAAACUGCUGAUACUGUUUGAUACAUUGUUUUUAAUAAACCACACUGCAAUUAAAAAGCAUAAUGGGUGAGGGGUGAAUAAUAAGUUGUGUCUGUGUUGGGUAUGAAUUUAGAGUUGCCUGACUUGCUUGAAAAAAAUUACUUCACUUUUUAAGUAAUUUUUUAAAAUGUGUGUGUGAGAGUUAAUUUACCAUAUGUAUAAAUUUAAAGUAUAUAUAUAUAUAUAUUUAGUUUAAUGAACAUUAGAAUGCAUGUUGACGGUAAAUAUUUGAAUGUAAUAUCAGGCACCAGUAGAACUAGUACAAGCAAUAUUAAAUGUUGUUUGUCUUUUACAAGAAAAUCUUUUAUUUUUCUUGUACCAUGUUACGUUUAUAAAUUACAACCAAUGACUUGACUAGCCAUUAAUGCAUUAUUUGUUUCAACUUUUCAUUUUGAAAUUAUGUAAAGAGCUAAAGGAAUAGCUGCAGUGUAGAAACAUUGACACUUUUAGCUAGAAAAACAAGAAGACAUAAAAUUCUUAUAAAUGUUAUAUAAAACAUUUUAUAUCUCGCAGUUUUUUGAUCAAGCAUUUCAACUUUAUAAAGAGUUGAUUGUAUUUGGAAAACAUAUUUUUGAAUCUUUAAAAUCUCACCCCAAAACAUAAAGCUGUGACAGGGGAGAUAAUUCAAGAAAAAUAAGUUUCCUGUUGGGCUUAUCUGCCCUUGCUUUUGACUGACAAAAUUUGACUCAGCAACCUACUCUGAUUUAAUAAACAACUGCAAACCUCUUUUCAAUAAAGGAAUGAAUUCAUUUAAUGAGUACUGAUACUGUCUAAAUUUAAAUUUAUAACUGUUACACUCUAUGUAUUAAGUAAAUAGUACAAUUUAAAUCAAUAAAUUACAAUCCAUAAAAAGGAUUUGAUAACCCCCCCAGUGGCUACCACCUGUAUGAGCAGCUAAAACUACUUGUGAUGUGAGAUCACCGUGGAGGUACCCCACUGUUCUAAUGCAUUUUGUGCCUUAAAUAUUUGGAAAAAAACUUUUCGCCAUCAUCUUCUCAUACUUUCACUUGCAAUAAAUUUAAUUCACAAAUAAAAUGUUUCCAUCAUAAUAAUAAAUGCACUUCAUAAAAUAAUAAUUUAUCACCCAAGGAAUUGAAAAAUAAAACAGAAAAUGUACUUUAGUGCUAAAAGUCCAAUUCUUUUUAAAAAAUUUAUUUUAAUCUGGUUACGGUUUUAAAAACACAACUCAAUGUCUAAAGCAAACAACCUGUGAUUGCCAAUUUUAUAAUGAUGGAUUUAUAAAAUGACCGUUAUUUUCUUUUAAUUUAAAAACAUUAAUUCGACAAUUAAAGUCUAAUGUAUCAACUUUGUUUCAACUUCAUGUUACAGAUUUAUGCUACAACUUCAUGUUAAUCUUCACAUUAUACCUUCAUGUUACAACUGUUUUUUUCCUGUGUUUAGAAUCUUAUCACAAUUUGAUCCAGCUUACUGUUACAUAUAUACAUACAUACAAACAACAUACAUACACACAUAUAUUAGGACUGUUGUGUGCCAUACCAACUUUUGGGUGACAUCUGAACACAUAUCAUUUGGACUGUAAAGCACAAUUUCUAUGUGGUUAGAUUGUAGUGGGUAUCAGCUGUUGGCAUAGUUUAUCUCAUUGUAAAAAUAUAAGGGGAGAUUACUCAAAAAUUUCUUUUGUUUCUAGUAGACAAGGGCUGUAAAACAUGAUACAAGGGAAAAUAUUGGCCUACUAUUUCACAUUGUGUUCUGUUCCAAAUCAAUUGCUUUAAAAAUAGAAAGUAAAAUUGGAAUGAUGAAUAUUUAAAUUAUUUUAAACUUGUGAGAAAUGGGAUCAGAUGGAAAUAUAAAUGUAAAAAUGUUUGUGUAAAUGUUUGUAAAAUUGUUUAUAUAAAUGUUUGUAAAAAUGUUUGUAAAAAUGUUUGUGUAAAUGUUUGUAUAAAUGUUUGUAAAAAUGCAACAACAAAAAGUAUAUUUGUGUUUGCCUACACUUGACAUGCUGGUGUGAUGGAUAAAUUAUUGCAGUAGAUGAACUGUGAGAGACAAACCAAAGUAUAUUUGUGAUACUGAAAUAAAAUAUAUCAAAAGCUUU